CGUAGUAUAGCCCGAUGUGCAACCAUUCUAUCUAAAGCCGUGGUACGGACUACGGGGUAGCUACAGAGCUUAGAUCAUUCUACUGUACAUGAUCUAAGGUGCAACAGAAUUAUUUUUUUUUCAUUUUGUGGUACCUCGAAGAGUAUUGAUAAAACUCAACCAUAUUUCAUAUUGAACUUCUCUGAUAAUUAAUGAUAAUGGGUGUUGUGUACUUGUGUACUUGUGUAAAUACUAAAUAGGUUUAUGGCAUUUGGCAAUAUCAAAUAUGGCUCUGUGCUCCCGGCCAUAGUUCAUUUAUAAAAUUAUUUAUUUUAAGUUCCGUAAAAAUGUUAUACAGUGAAAUCUAUUCUGUGACACGGCCAUAGACGUAUUAUAAAUAUGUAUUUCUUUUGUAAAAUUUGUACGAAGUAUGUGUAUGGCUUAACGUUUACUUCUUGUCACUUGGGUAAUGUAUACACUAUACCAUACUUCAAGUAUACCUACUUGAAUUACUAACAACUGACAACUGUAUAAUUAGGCAUAACUUACUAUUUACUUCUUAUUACUUAGAAGUCAGCAUUUACUCUUAGUACUCUAUAGUCGACUCCGCACUUGCCCAUCGUGACGUAUCAAUAUAACCUAUUGUAGCUUGAGUAAAGUUCUACUGACCUAAUUCUAAGUCCACAAUAGAAGCAGUACUGUGCCAGAUGACAUAUACUGCAGUGCAACAUCAUUUUCGUAAUUGACCCUCCUUGAUGACAAUUUUGACUAUUCAGUAAUAACUCAUUUUUAAUUCGGGUAGGUUAAGCCGAGUUCAAAUUGUUUUUGUUUUUGUCUUAUGAGAUACUAAAAGUUGUACUAAUUCUUGUUCAUUUUUAAAAUGUCCAUGGGCGUACAGCUUUGAUACAUCACAACCUAUAACACAUUUAGCUUUGAAAUUUGAAAUUUGAAUUGUCUUGAGUACUCAAUUUCAAUAGUUGUUAAUGUGGUCUGAUCUAAAGCCAGCAAACAUGGCUUAUGGAAACCAAUGGAUGAAUCCAACAUUUUAUAAAAACAUGACCAAUGAACAAGUGGAUUGGGCAAGUUUGGCUCAACAAUGGAUACAAAUGAAAGAAACUUCACCCGUCAUAUCCCCUGGACAACAAGUAAAAAUCCCGCUUUCUGGACAUAGUUUACUCAAACACGGUCAGCAUGUAGAUGUAUCAACUCAGAAUCCUUCAAAUCUUGCAGCAGUAACAAAUAAAAUGCUGAGUGAUUAUAAUAUCUCUAGUAAUGUUACAAGAAAUAAUAUCGAAAAACCAAGAGCUUGGAAUACAUGGACUUUGCAGCAACAACAAUCAAAUUGGAAUUGGGUAUCUUCUUCGACAGCUCCACCAGCUAAAGAACUUAUUACAGAGUCAGUUAAUUCACUUAGACCAUUGUUUGUACCUCCUAUAUUAUCUGAACCACCUCCAUCUUUCCCAAUGAUGACACCAAACAUACCAUUUCCUCCGAAUAAUUAUUGGGCAGGUCCUAAUACUUCAGUUCCACCGCCUUCUGAAUCAGAUCAUUGGAAUAAACUUAAAAUGAUUUCCAAAGUUGAUGAUAGAACUCAAGAUCCAUCAUUUAUUGAUGCUGCAAAACGAAAACAAUUACCUGCUUGGAUUAGAGAGGGACUUGAAAAAAUGGAAAGGGAAAAACGACGUAAAAUUGAACAAAAACAAUCGUUAGGCGAACCUGAUAAUUCUAAUUCUAUAAAUGAAAAUGUUACUCAAGAAUUGCUCUAUUCGCCAAUCAACUUUGAUCAUGAAACUCAGACGAUCGAUGAUGAUAUUGAACUAGUGUCUUCCAAUUACAUCAAUGAACCUAAAAAAACUGAGUUUGUGAAAAAUGACCCUUCUCCUCUCAUUCCACGUAAGACUAAAGCUCAAAUCUGGGAAGAUACGAUGUUAAGUCUACGAAAAAUUUUAACAAAAUUGUUAAUGGAAGUUACUAAUGAUAUGAUGUUAAGUGUAGUUAAAGAGGUGCUAAAAACUACUCUACAAACAGAUAUUCGAGGAAAUCAAAACCAAACAUCAUUAGCUGGUAAGCUGGGACUCGGAGUUUAUUGUUCAGAAUCUGAGUCAUCGGAUGAAAGCGAUGACGGACAUCUCUCAUUUGGUCAUAAGCAACUAAAACAAUAUUCUAAUGAAGCUAUCCAUGAAAGAAUAUUGAAACGCCAACUUGAGUUCAGUAAUAUUGAAGCAAGGAUACUUAUGGAAUUGGAUCAACUAGAAGAUAAAGAAAAACUUGUGAGGUCUAAGUUUGAUAAUAGUAUCAAGCUGAGUGGAGAAAUGAAUGAUAUUGGUAGUCAGGUAGUGGAAAACAUUCAGACAAAAGGGCUUAAUGAAGAUGUAGGAUCUAACCAAAGUAUUGACAAGAGCCAUGAUAUAGUCAAAAAAGAAUUACCUAAUGGUUUGAACAUUGAAAAUGGAUGUCAGAAAAAUAAAUCUAAAUCUAAAAGAUCAUCAAGUUCUAGUUCAUCAAGCAGUAGUAGUGAUAGUAUGGAUUAUACUGAACUUAAACACAACUAUAAAAAAAACAAUAAAAUUGAAUCAAAAUCUGACAAAAAAACUUUAAAAGAUAGUGUACAAAGAAAAAGUAGAUCUCGUUCAAGAUCAAAUCGUAGUAGAUCGCAUUCAAGACAUAGUAGUAGAUCAUCACGUUCAAGACAUUAUGAUAGAAGAUCUUCACAUAGUUCUAGAUCAAGACGAAAUCGAUCGCCACUAUCACGUCAUUCAUAUUCCAGAAAGUAUAAGAGCAAAAGAAAUAGUUCUUCCUGUUCAAACGAAUUAAGAAGUAAUAAACACCGGUACAGACAAUAAUUUUCUGGUCAAAAUUUUAUUUCAAGGGGUUAACAUUUUUAGUUAUUAUUUUAUUGAUAUAACUCAUUAGAUUAACACUUUUUUUAUAAUUCUAGGUUUAGUUCUUAAUAAAUUAAAUUGUUCAAUUGCACCAAAAACAUGUAUAAAUUAUUAAUGAAAACUUAUGUUCUAUUCUCAAUCAUUAAACUUAAAUUAAUUUUGUAUAUUAGUAAUGUAUGCAAGACUUUUAAGUAAUUAAUACCUUAAUCAUUUGGUCUCAAUGCUCUUACUUUUUUUUUGAGAAUAACCAUGGGGUUCUUUCUAUGUAAAUUGUCACUAUUUCAGUUAAGCACAUUUUAUUAUUUAUUCUCUAUUAAUUCAGAUUAUAACUUGAUAAGUUAUAAUUAAUUUUAAGUUAUAAAUUGUAUAUAUUUCAUUUACUCUUAUCACUUAAUAAAUUGUCAAUCUCAAAAGUACUAAACGUUAGCCAUUAGGUGAUUGUAUCAGUUAUAAUUUAUAAUACACAAUUACCAAAAUACAUAAAUUUAUUAGUUUUUA